AUGGGGACUGCCAAACACUCGCCUCAUACGAGUGCAACAUUGCAGCUCUGGAGACGCCUGCGUGACCUGAGGGACAAGAAACAAUCAAUCGUCCUCGAUGGCAACAAUCUAGACAUUGCUUCCAUUGUCGCCGUGGCCCGACAUGAGGUCACCCCGACCAUCAGUAUGGAUGAACAGCUCUCGAAGCAGCUGGAUCUCAGCGUCCAGACGCUGAUUGAUCAUCUCUCACGGGGACAUGUCAUCUACGGUGUCAAUACGGGGUUUGGCGGUAGUGCCGAUACCAGAACCAAUGAUCACAUUGAUCUACAGACCCAUCUCCUGCAAUUUAUCCAGAGCGGCAUCAUCACCGCCGCCGAUAAGGAUCCGGCGGCGAAUUGGGAGAGAAAGCCGAGCCAUGUCAUGCCGCCAGCCUGGGUCCGAGGGACCAUCGUUGCCCGAGCCAACCAGAAUCUCAGAGGCCACAGUGCCAUUCGCAAAUCCGUGCUCAAGAGUUUGGUUGACCUACUGAACCACGACCUAGUUCCCCUGAUCCCUCUGCGGGGAACGAUAUCUGCGUCAGGAGACCUGAUGCCGAUGUCUUAUAUUGCGGGUGCAAUUACCGGCAAUCCAGAUGUCUUUGUACAGGUUGGCAAGGGCCCAAAAACCAGGGUCAUGCCGUCUUCGGAGGCGCUGAAGAUCAGCGGACUUUCGCCAUCGGGUCUUGGCCCCAAAGAGGCACUUGGUCUCAUCAAUGGCACUGCUCCGUCUGUCGCGGUGGCUAGUCUGGUCCUCUACGAUACACAGCAGCUAGCGCUGUUGUCCCAAAUGUUGACGGCUUUUGCUGCUGAAGCCCUGGGCGGCAAUGUGGAAUGGGCUCUUCCAUUUAUUCACGCCACCCGACCGCACCCUGGGCAAAUAGAAGUUGCAAGCAACAUCAGAGGCUUCCUGAAAGGCUCCAAGUUGGUUGUUGGGUUGGACUCGAGGAAGAAAAAUGGCGACGGCCUCUGGCAGGAUCGAUACUCGACCAGAACAGCCCCUCAAUGGGUUGGACCAUAUCUAGAGGACCUUCUACUCGCCCAACGGCAGCUGGAAGUGGAGCUGAAUUCUACAUCAGAUAACCCGCUCGUGGACACGGGUGAUGGAGAUGGUGCUUCCAGUGGAGGGGUGUACUCUGGAGGAAAUUUUCAAGCAGCAGUGGUCACGUCGGCUAUGGACAAGGCUCGUCUGGCUAUUCAGAUGAUCGGGCGAAUGCUCUGGUCCCAAGUCACUGAAAUCAUCAACCCUGCCACAAAUAAUGGCCUUGAGGCCAAUCUCAAUGCCAGUGCACAUGAGAAUUAUACCAUGAAAGGCAUAGACAUCAAUAUGUCGGCUUAUAUGUCUGAGCUGGCAGCCCUGGCACAUCCCGUCUCUGCACACGUCAUGUCAGCCGAGAUGCAUAACCAAGGGAUCAACUCGCUAGCUCUGAUCUCAGCCCGUCGAACAAUGGAGGCUGUCGACAUUCUUGCACAUAUGAGUGCCUGCCACCUUUAUGUCUCAUGCCAGGCAGUUGACUUGAGAGCGGCCCACGUCCGAUUCCUGUCAACGCUUCAUAAUAAGAUGAAGGACAACAGCCCAUCCGGAGCCUUACACGGCCUUGGAUUAACAGCUUCACAAAUCGAUAAACUAGUUUUAUCGUUGUUCCCUGUGGUCGAAGCCACAUGGUACCAAUCGAACUCAAAUACUUGGAAAGACCGCGUCUCUGCCGUGGUUGAGGCCAUCGUGUCACCGGUCACCAACUUCAUAGUCAAGAUUCAGCAUGACUGCUCGGUCGCAAAGAUAGUCGCCUUCAAAGAUAGCUUUGCAGAUAUCGUUUCAAAGACUGCAGAAUCAAUGUUCUACCCCAGUGCAACUAUCUCACCGACAGAGGUGAGUCUACAGCUAGGCGAGGGAACCGCCUUGCUGUAUACAUGGUUGCGCUCCAAGCUCAACAUACCUCUGCACUGCGGUAUCGAGGACGACCCUUUGUACAAUGCGCAGAAGGGACUGUCUACAGAAGGCAAGAAGAGCAUCGGAAGCUGGGUCAGCAUCGUGUAUGAGAGUCUAUUAGAAGGGGGCAUGAUGGAUAUGGUUCUUGACAACCUGGACGCGACACCAAACUUAGAGGCAGCGGGAUAUUUGGGACUGAAGGUCAGCAACGGACUGAAUGGAGUUAAGGCAGUUGGUAGGAACCACCAGCUGACAAGGGCAAAAAUAGGCCAGGUCUCGUGA